AAGGAAACUUUACUAAUUUAAAAUGUACGGGAAGGAAACUAGCGUAACGACGAACAAAAUAAUAAGAAACAGUAAAAAUUACCAUUUACGACUUCUCGAUUCGGUCUACAAUCAAAUUCCAGCCUUUACCGAUGUGUUUGACGAAGAAACUUGGUAUGUUUUCGUCAUUUGUUUUGUAGCAGGUACUUUUCUGAUAGCAUUUAUUCUUUCGAAAUACAUAACUAUAAUACCUGCUAAAUAA